UCGCUAACGGUCGUGUCGGUCGCGGAGAAACGCGCGCGCUCCGUCUUUUUCAAAUUUUAAAAAUCGAACUCCUAACAAUAAAAUGAAACUGGCUGGAAAUUAAGCGAUGUUUUUGCAAAGAACGAUGCCUUCGAAAUUCGAGGAGGAGUUUAGCAAGCCUGUGGAGUCCAUCAUGAGGUGUGAGGAUUUCAAGAGUAACUUCGCGAGGAGGCUCUCCAACCGCUACAUCACGAGGUCACCAGUUUCUUCCCCGAAGCAAGACACUGCGUUGAAACUGCGUGUCCCGGACAAUGGAACUGAAACGGACCCUGUCCAGGAUAAUAUUCCAGAAAUAAUGGUGCUUGGCCAACAACUUUCUAAAAACGUCAUUUUGGAGCAAAACGGCGAAGCUGUGAAGCCUCCAGACAAGUCGCCACAAAAGGAUACUGAUAUGAGAAGAAAUGAAGAAGAGAAGCACGCCCUGACCAUGGAAGUCGAGACUCUGAGGUGGCAACUGGCACAGACUGAAGCAAAUAGACAGAUGCACAUAGCUUUACUUAAGCAGAUAGUAGCAUUCCUGAACCGGGUGAAAGAACAUAUUGAGAGCAAGAACAAUGACUCUGGUUACAAGAAGGAGGCCCUGCCGGCGAGGCUGCUGCCGCGGUCCUUCAAUGUGGCAGACCUGCCUCGCUCUCGCUCUGUCGUACACGUCAACAAAAACGCAGAAUACUUCCUGACAACACCCAAAAAAAUAAGUACAAGAAAAAUAAGCAAAUCCAUCAGCAACGUUAACGGUUUCAAAGAUUGUAACGGCAUUUGGAGCCAAUCCAAGCUGUCACUAACUCCUGAAACGGAUACUUCUCAGAAAAUAUCUGAAGAGAUGUCUCGUUUGAUCACUCUUGCCAAUACCGUACUAAGCACUAAGAUACCUGAUCUUGCGUAUUCCUGUAACGAUAAAAAACAUCAAACGAAUACAAGAAAAGAAUCGGAUAAUGAUAAUGCUACUGAAGAUUUGAAAAAACCUAAUCAUGACUCAAUCACUACAUUGGAUCAGAUUGAUGAGGUUACUUCAAACAUCUUCGACGUAAAAACUGUUCAAGACGGUAUUUUUACACUCAAGGAUACUGAUAUUUUUGUCCAAAAGCAGAACAUAACUCUAAGCAAUUUUAGCCUUCCUAAUUCCUCCCUGGAUUGUGGGCUGAAUGGCUUCUCUGACCUAAAGCUGAAUGAAAAGGAAGAAAUCAUUGCUAAAGACCGAUCGGAGAUCAUAAUUGGCACAAACAAGAAACUGUCGAUUGAUAAAAGAAAUGACUUCAACUCAUCAAACUUCAUUGAGGACGAGAGUGGUUUCUCGUCAAUGAGUUCAUUCCAAGAGAUAGGCAUACCUAUAAUAAGUGUCAUACCACCAUCUCCUUGUAAGGAGAUGGGAUUUAUGGAAGACAUCCCUGAUGUAGUAGACGAGGAUGAAAAGUGGAAGACUGAUACUUUGGAACUUGAAAAGCAAACUGUGAAAGUAUUUUGGGUUUAAAAAAUGAAAUUGUACAAAACAAAUAUUUAUAUACGAGUUAUCUGAACACAAGAUUGUUUUUGUUUUAACAAUGUAGGCAUUAACAACAGUGUUUUUUGUGAAAGUGUAAUACGCGAUUUUUAUGUUAGCUAAGUACACUUAAUUCAUGUAUUGCUUCAAUGUAUUAAACUAACGCUGACUUUUGUACUUAUACUGGGAUGAGUUGUAAAUCGAAAAAUUAAACAGCGUCCACGAAAUUAGUCAUAAAUCAUUUCUGUACGUUUUUAAACAUUUUUUUUACGUUUUAUAAAAUUUGCCAUCAAACCGAUUUCCUAAGACAUUGAAUAUCUAUGAUGGUGAGCGAAAUUAUGCAUAAUUAUUUAUCACGCGUAGGUAAAUAAUAACGACUUCGGAGAACAAUCAUCAAUAAAGUAUCAUCAGAAAGAAAGGUUUUGGGAAGCUAUUUGGUUUUUUAAAAGCCGACAAUUUCAUCCCAUUUUUACUUAAUAAUCGUAAAUCUAAUAAAAGGAUUU